CGCUCACUCAGAAGCGCACCUUUUAUACGUGUUAAUGUAUUUUCACCCGUACAUUUUGGGAAGAGGGAUACGGGGCUUGAAUCUGGCAACUCAGUAACCGGAACCGUUGUGGGGAUGAGCAGCGGCUAACGGCUGACUGGGAGUUUUGGAUUAGCUAAUGUUCGCCACCGUUUCUGAUGUGGGCCCUUGUGUUGGUGGACUGUUCCUAAAGCUGCACUUGGAGGACAGAGCAUACAAGUGCCGAGCCGCGUGGGCUGGCAGCUGCUCUGCAACAUGUCCAAGAGCAAGAGCUCCGAGACGGUCAAGGUGGUGGUCCGAUGUCGCCCAAUGAAUGAAAAAGAGCGGGACGCCAAGUUUGGAAGGGUGGUAGCCGUCGAUGUCAAAUUGGGCCAAAUUCUGGUCAGGAACCCCAAGGAGGCCUCGUCCAGUGACCACCCCAAAGUCUUCACCUUUGAUUCGGUCUACGACUGGAACUCCAAACAAAUAGAUUUGUACGAUGAAACCUUCAGGCCCCUGGUGGAUUCAGUUCUACUUGGGUUCAACGGGACCAUUUUUGCCUAUGGGCAGACCGGUACAGGGAAAACGUACACUAUGGAGGGGGUGAGAAAUGAUAUAGAGAGGAGGGGGGUGAUCCCUAACUCCUUUGAGCACAUCUUCACUCACAUUUCCCGCUCCCAGAAUCAGCAGUACCUGGUGAGAGCUUCGUAUCUAGAAAUUUACCAAGAGGAGAUCAAAGACUUGCUCUCCAAAGACCAGACGCGUCGUCUGGAGCUCAGGGAGAGGCCGGACACCGGUGUGUACGUUAAGGACCUUUCAUCAUUUGUCACCAAGAGCGUGCGGGAGAUCGAACAUGUCAUGAACGUGGGCAACCAGAAUCGCUCGGUGGGCGCCACGAACAUGAAUGAGCACAGCUCACGGUCUCACGCCAUCUUUGUCAUCACCGUGGAGUGCAGCGAGCUGGAUGUCGACGGGGAGAACCACAUCAGAGUUGGCAAACUGAACCUGGUCGAUUUAGCCGGCAGUGAACGGCAGACCAAGACUGGUGCUCAGGGGGAGAGGCUUAAAGAAGCCACAAAGAUCAAUCUGUCCCUUUCGGCCCUGGGGAACGUCAUAUCGGCUCUGGUGGACGGCAGGAGCAGCCACAUCCCCUACCGAGAUUCCAAACUCACCCGCUUGCUGCAGGACUCUCUGGGGGGCAACGCCCGCACGGUCAUGGUCGCCAACAUCGGCCCGGCGUCCUACAACGUGGAGGAGACCUUGACAACGCUGCGCUAUUCCAACAGGGCGAAAAACAUCAAGAACAAACCCCGCAUCAACGAGGACCCCAAGGACGCCCUGCUCAGGGAGUUUCAGGAGGAGAUCGCCAGGCUGAAGGAGCAGCUGGAAAAGCGCUCGGGAAAGAAGAAAAAGAGGAGGCAGAGGAAGAGGGCCGGGGAAGGGAGUGAUGGUGAGGAUCUGGAGGACGGAGAGACGGAGGACGACGACGAAGAGGGGGACGACAAAGGGGACUGGCGGGAGCAGCAGGAGAAGCUGGAGAGGGAGAGAAAGGCCAUCAUGGAGGAUCACAGUCUGGUGGCUGAGGAGAAAGUUCUGCUGCUGAAAGAGAAAGAGAAGAAAAUGGAAGAUCUGAAGAAGGAGAGGGAGGCCGGAGAGAUGCUCGCAGCCAAAGUGAAGGCGAUGGAGAGUAAGCUCCUUGUAGGGGGGAAGAACAUUGUGGAUCACACCAACGAGCAACAGAAAAUGCUGGAGAUGAGGAGGCAGGAAAUCGCUGAACAGAAACGGCGAGAGCGGGAGAUGCAGCAGCAGAUGGACAGUCGUGAUGAAGAGACUCUGGAGCUGAAGGAGACCUACAGCUCUCUGCAGCAGGAGGUUGACAUCAAAACCAAGAAGCUGAAAAAGCUGUUCGCCAAGCUACAGGCCGUGAAGGCAGAAAUCCACGACAUCCAGGAGGCUCACAUCAACGAGCGCCAGGAGCUGGAGCAGACUCAGAACGAGCUCACCAGGGACCUCAAACUCAAGCAUUUGAUCAUCGAGAACUUCAUCCCCUUAGAGGAGAAGAACAAAAUAGUCAACCGGGCUUACUUUGAUGAGGAGGACGAAUACUGGAAAACGAGGCCCAUUACACGUAUAGAGGAUGACCAUCAGAUGAUGAGCCGGCCUUUGUCUGCGGUCGGCUACAGGAGGCCUCUCAGUCACCAUGCUCACACGGCCAUGAUGAUGAGGCCUGACAUGAGAUACAAAGCUGAAAACAUCAUGGUGCUGGACAUGGACCUGCCCGCUCGGACCACUAAAGAGUAUCAGGAGCCGGUUAUCGCCCCUAAGGUGGCGGCGGCUCUGGAGAGCGCUCUUAGGGACGAGGAUGAGAUCCAGGUGGAUGCCUCUGGCCUUCACAGCAGCUUGGGAGCAACUCUGCCCACCGGCGCCAGCCUCAAGAAACCAAAGUCCGGUCGACCAAGAACAGGCAAGAAGUCGAGCACCCGGACCUCUCCAUUCAGCCCCUCAAGUCCAGGAUCGCCGCUUUACCCACAAUGCCGGGGCCUCGUGCCCAAGUGACGGCUUCUACAGCUGCUACCACCAACCCAACCUCUCUUUUGCACCUUUCCACUUUGGGACUCAACAUUAAAAGAGAAGUCUCGUUUAGUCUGAGUCGUUUGUGACGAUGACAGAAUAUUGGAUUCUGCAAACAGAGAACACUUUAAGACUAAUGCUGCUUUGUAGAUUUUAACUGUAACCGCGCCACUAUUGACUGUUGAGGGUGAGACAGCAGCCACGCAUGCAGCCUCCCAUCACUCUACACUGCUGUUACCUCACCCUACGUGUGUGUGUGCUGCUGUUUAAAGGUUUGGAGUCAUCUAUUACGCUGAUGUUUUUAACAGAAACAAAUGGAGAAUAAUUCAGAACAAACGUAUUAUUCACAUUUAAAAUGGAUUUGGCCUCAAAAGAAGAAGAGUUCAAUGAUUACGGUUUACGUCUAGUCUGUGUCCCCACAGUGUUACAUUCCAUUUUUCCCACCAAAUAGAGUUGUUUUCCAGUUGUUUUUGUUUUCCAGUCCAGAAAAGCAGAAGAGGACCUUUAACUAUUGCUGGUAGCUGUGUUUCUCUGCAGUCUGCUCAGUGGUCAGGUUGAAGCGCUUUAAACCGAGUCAGUCCACAGUAAGUUCAGCUGAUCUUCUGUGAUCCAUGACCUUCCAUUUCUACUGGGACGUUUUAACAAAUAGCUUUACUUGAGCAGCUCGCCUGGUACCAUUCCAGCUUGUUAUUUAGGCGUUAUUGUGCACUCCACACUGAAACAGAACUUGUUCCUUUUUUAAAUCGGCACAAAUCUUUACACCAAACCUCCCGUUUCUUUCAACAGUGACUUGUGCUGUCUUCUAUUCAACUGUUGCUCAGAGGGAACUUCUUUGCAAACCGUUCAUACAAAAUAUCCAUUUAUAAAGAGAACUUCUUACAACCUAAAAGCAUGAGAGAAUGCAGAAAUAUAGAGUAGUCCUCUCAGCAUGAAGCUUUUGUGGCAGGCGAUCCCCAAACUUCUGAACAGCGGUGUGUAUGUGUAUAUAUAUAUGUGUGUGUGUGUGU